UACAACUGCUUUUGCUGCAUUCCAUAAAGUUUGGUAUAUUGUGUUUUCAUUUUUGUCUCAAGAUAUUUUUAGAUUUCCCUUUUAUUUUCUUCACUGGCACACUGAUUGUUCAUGAGCAUGUUUAAUUUCCAUGUAUUUGUGAAUUUUCCAAAAUUCCUCCUGUUAAUGAUUUCUAGUUUCAUACCAUUGUGAAACCUCUGGUAUAACAAGGUAAAAACUAGAAAACCUCUGCAUAACAAGGUAAAAACCUAAUAGCAUUGUGCAUUGGUUGUUAGAAGAACAAGGUAGAUUCCUUCUGGUAAGUGUACCAUGGCACAGAGUGCAAAGCUUUUUGAGGAGAUGAAGCCCAAACUGAAUUUUAAGGAUAAACAGGAAAAAGCCAGGUGAAGAGAAGAAGGGAUCAUGACAACAGAUGUCAAGGCUGUGUGCUCCAGUCUAUGAAGGCUGAGACAGAGGCAUGCUUAUAUGAAUUAUAUAGACAUAAGGUCUAAAAUGUUUUCUAUCAUUCAACCGUUUUAAGAAUCAAACUUUAUUAUAGUCCUUCACUAAACAGCAGAUUUCUGAGCAAGUCUUUGUAAUUUGGAUCGUCUUCAAUGAUCCUCAUUGUUAACUACUAUUCUUGUAUUAGUCUAACUCUGUAAUUAGCCCCAACUUGCUAUCAUCAAGUUCUAUCUUUUCCGGAAAUACAGCACAGCCAGACCGAUUAAUGUAUCAAAGGAUUUCCUAUUUCAGUGGUUUUCAAUGUUUUGGGCAGUCAUGGAGUCUUCUAAGAAUCUGAUGAAAAAUAUAUACCCUUCUCCUAAAAACAGGUACAUAUUCCUAUACAACAUUUUGCAUGCAGUUACAAGUUUCCUAGGCCCCCUGGACCACAGGCCAAGAAUCCCUGUUCUAGAUGGCUUUCCUUCACCAUUUUUACAAGCUUAGGCUAUCAAAAGUAAAGGAUUUAAUUUGCUCUUGAAACUUCCCUUUCACUUUUCUUUUUUGGCUUUUUUCCUCCUGAAAUUCUGUUACUUCGCCUUGAUUUUUACAUAGUUUUGCUGGGUACACAAUUCUAUACUGACAUUUUCUCUCAGCCCUCUGAAGAUAUUCUUAUUCUCAGGUUUCUUCUCUAACAACUGUUAGAAUUUUCUAAAAUGUCUAGACUUUGCUUCCUGGCCUUCACAUGGCCCCUUUCUUCCUUCCUUCAAAUGGCUGAAAGAAAAUGUCAAGGUAAAAUUGUGUACCCAGCAAAACUUUUAACAAUGAAGGGAAAGUAAAAGAAUUUUAGAAAAAAGCCAAAAAAGAAACCUAAAGAAAAAAACAAAAUAUGGUUUACUAACAAUAAGGGAAAUGGAUUCAACAGUGAGAGAUUUUCUAGCAUAUAUAAAACAUUUAUCAAAGUUGAUCAGAUAUUCAAAGGAACCUCCAAAAAAAUGCUUCUGGAUAAAAGAAAGUAACCUCAGAAAGAAUCGAGCUGCAAGAAGGAAUAGUGAGCAAAGAAACUGAUAAUAUGAAUAAACGUAAACAAACAUUGAUUUGUACAAACAAUAAUAUAAUGUCCAAUUUGUGGCGUUAAAAGAUUAAGAUGCUUGACAACAUUAAUAGUUAAAGCAUACUGAAUUCCUUCAAGAGACAGGAAAAGAUUCUGAACCAUGUUUGACUUUUUCUAAGUUAUUUAAGCACUAAAAGAACAGAAAUAGGAUAUAUAAUAGACCAUAUGUAUUAGAGAGGCAGACUCCAGAGCCAAAAUUCCGGGAUUCAGAUCUUAGCCUUGCAAAACUACCUAUUGGGUACUAUGCUCACUAUCUGGGUGACAGAAUCAUCAUUCAUACUCUGCGUCACGCAAUAUACCCAUGUAACAAAUGUGCACGUGCACCCUCUGAAUUUAUAAUAAAAGUAAAAAUUAGUUCUUUUUUUUUAAAAAGUCUCAUCCCUGCCAUUUACUAGCUGUGUGACCUUAGGCAAAUUACCGUUCUAUCCCUAGGUUUUUAAAGACAGGACAGUAGAAAUGACACUAGUAUCUAAUUCAUAGGGGUUUUGUAUUACAUUUAGAUUAAGCUUCGAACAGCGCUUACCCUAAAAUAAGUGCUACGGAAGUAUUAGCCCCAAUGAAAACUUCCAAAAGAGUAGAGGGAAAACCUUAAUCCAAAACAAGUCAAGAAAGGGUAAAAAAUACAGAAAUAUAGGUCAAAUAGCACAAAAUAAGAGGGCAAAAAUGCAUACGUGCUUUUUCAGCUAAAAAAGUUUGUCAGACUGGAUUUAUGCGGGAAAAAAAAGCGCCAAAUAUUAUGUUGUUCCCAAGAGACACAAACAUGAAACAGGUAGAAAAAGAUACACUAGUCAGAGUCAACGGCUGGGAAAUCUUCCGCAACCUUACCUUGUCUUCCUGCAGUUUCUGUCCAGCCUCUUCCAUGCUUCCUAUCCCACCACCCGCGCGUCGCUCCUCAGUCCCUCUCCUCUCCAGUGGGAGACAAGGAAACUCGGGAUUCAUCCAGCGCUUCUUCGCUUCAGCAACGGGCUCACGUCGGCGGCGGCAGUGAUGACGUCCUCACUGGUCCGCCCAACCGCGAUUAGUGAAGGGGUUCGCGCGUCGCGCGCGGUCUACGAAAGAGAGGGCUUGUGACGCAACGGCACCUCGGCAUGCGCGUGUCGGCUCAGUGGAGGCGCUCAGGUGGUCCUCCUAGAGUUUGAUACCCCACCGCAGCUUCACCGCGACGACUGCGGCUGCUCCGGGCAGUGCUGCGGCUGCUGCGGGCCUAGCUGUAUGGUUAGGCCACCAUUGUUCUGAGUAAACAUAUUCCUUUCUGUGGUGCUCUUGAUCGUGUGUUUAUGGAGUUUCUGAAGGGCCCUGGAGAUUACUGCCAGGUUCAGCACGACCUUUAUGAGGACAAAUGAAUGGUGGAGAGUCGUUACUGCCCCACCAAGAAGCCCCCGCAAAGCAGGUCACCUGGACACAGAAGUGUAGAACUGAGAUCAUCAGAGCAUUUUACAAGAGUUCUGACCUAGAUGGGGUAACCCUUGGCGCACUUCCUUUCCAUUGGCUGAGAAUUACUGAAUUGAAGAACCGUGGCUUCUUGUUGGAAGGUUCAUUUCAUUUCCUGUCAGUAUCAACUUCAUAUUCAAAGCUCUGUGAAUUUCAAGUGGAGUAUAUUGGCAUAGACUUCAGUUUCUUGACAUCGUUUCUGUAUUCAAAAAUUUUUAAUUUUUUUCAUAACCAUAUCAGUGUCUUUUUUUUUUUUUUUCUUUUUAACUAAAUUAACAUGGCUCCAAUGAAUCACCCAGCUCCAGUGGAAGUCACAUACGGGAACAUGAGAUUUCUAAUCAUACACAACCCAACCAAUUCGACCUUAAACAGAUUUAUAGAAGAACUUAAGAAAUACGGGGUUACCACAAUGGUAAGAGUAUGUGAAGCAACUUAUGACCCUGCUCUUGUGGAGAAAGAAGGCAUCCAGUUUCUGGAUUGGCCUUUUGAUGAUGGUUCAUCACCAUCCAACCAGAUUGUUGAUGACUGGUUAAGUCUUGUAGACGUUAAGUUUCGUGAAGAACCUGGUUGUUGUAUUGCCGUUCACUGUGUUGCAGGUCUUGGGAGGACUCCGGUGCUUGUUGCCCUAGCAUUAAUUGAAAGUGGAAUGAAAAACGAAGAUGCAGUACAGUUUAUAAGAGAAAAACGGCGCGGCGCUUUUAACAGCAAGCAACUUUUGUAUUUGGAGAAAUAUCGUUCUCAAAUGCGGCUUUGCUUCAAAGACUCCAGUGGUCACAGAAACAACUGUUGUAUUCAAUAAACCUGACUGCCUGAUGCUAUUGCCUUGAAAGUGGGACUUCAGACAAGACCUAAUUUAUUGUACAUUUUAGCCAACAUAUGGGCUUAGUGAAUAAGUCUGAUGAAGCUUCCACAGGGAUAUUGAAAAGCCACGAAUUUAACAGAAAUGCAACUUCUAUGUUUGGCUUAGUGCUAUUCCCAUGCCAGAAAAAAUACAUAAGAAAUCUGCAGAUUAGAUGCCAAGAUCCCCAGUACAAAAUUUGUGUAUUUUUAGUGUCAUACAGAAUUAAAACUCCAGGAACUAUAACUUUAUGUAGUUCAUGCCUUAAGUCAUAUCAAACACUGCAAGUAGGGCCUAUAUGAUUAUUUGCCUGCUUCAUGUUUACCAUCCCACAUGGGUCUCAGUAUACAUCAAGUUUGUCCAACAGGUGAUUUUGUUGGAUUCUUUACACAUCUUAUGAUUAUCUGAUGUCUUUCUCUAAUCUCAUUUUGUUAUGAAAACCUCCAUUUUGAAAAAUCAACGUCUGAUUGAAAGUUCAUGCAAAAUCCACGUUGUACAGAAGCAUAUGUGUUGAAUGUCUUCAGAUAAAAAGGCCUUAUCAUUGAUGUUUAUGGUUGGGGUGUAACUUAACAGGGAGGGCGCUGAAGACAAAAUGAGAGGAGACUAUGAAAUAUUUCUAGUAAAAUGUUGUUUUGAUCUUGUGCAGAACAUAUGAACUAGGACUUUUAAUUUAGUAAAUGUAUUUUAAAAGGUAAAUAUGCGUUGGUCCAAGGUAAAUAGAGCAAAUAUGGACAGAAUUACAAGGAAAAUUGACAAGUUUACUAUAGCAGUGGGAAAUUUUAUUGUCCCUCUUUCAGAAGCAGAUCAAGUACACAAAAUCAAGAUUCUGGAUAUAGAUCUACACAAAACAGUCAACAAACUCAAUCCCAUGAACAUACAAAGGGCAUUGCAUCCAACAGUGGGAGACUACGUAUUUAUAAGAGUACAUGAACUAUUACAUUUGACCAUAUAUUUGACUAUAAACCCAUUUCAGCACAUUUUAAGCUAUUUGAAAAAUACAGAACACCUUUUAUCACCACAAUUCAAUUAAAUUAGGAAAGAAGUUAAUAUCCACACAUCUGUAAUUUUGAAAAUCUCUCUAGAGCCUUCCACGUCAUGGCAGCCUAAAACUUUUCCUGCAACAACUAGAAAAAGAUGGAAAAAUUAUAAAGAUCAUAUUUAAAGAUAUGUGAGAGCUAUGAAAGCAAUAAGGACUAGGUGAAUGGGAAUUCCAGAGAGGGAGGAGGCCUCCUGAGGUAAGUGACCAUUUUAUUUUCUAGGGACAUUUACUGAUUCUGGACAUGGACUAAUAAGGAUCAAGCUUGGUCCAUGAAGAGGGUCUGUUCUGAGGGAAAGGGAAACCCAGAAAAGCUUUUGGUGGUCACGUGGGGCUGGUGCAACAAAUAGGAAAAUUAAGAACUUUGGCCUGUUUCCUCUACCUGUUAUAAGUUGGGUUCCCCAGGAAACAGACACUGAAUCUGAGAUUGGCAUCCAAAGGAUUACUAGGGUGUCUUCUCAGGGAACCACACCUAUGGGGGAGCAAGAGAAAUAGGAUAGGGCAUAAGAAGUUGAAUGGUGAUACAUAGCAGUUGCAACAGUAGCCUCAGGCAAUCUCAUAGGGAGCUCUGAGGAUGGGAUGGCUAUUUAGAGGUGUUCUCAAUUGAGGCUAGGAAGCUGGGCCUUUGGGCCCUUGAAUCAACCAGUCAUUGCCUGUAGGCUUCCCUUGGGGAUGACGGCAUAAUCUUGGGUGAAGCCUUCACCUUCUGUUGAGGGCAAUGCAUAGAGAGCAAUGCAGCUGUGGGCCCUCAGCUGAUAAUGGCAUCUGGAGGAAUGAGUGUUUCAGACCCAACGCAGGAUCUAGGUGGUGCAACCACAGCAUCCACUCUCUUAAAUGAUACUUGCUGAAUACUGGGGCUAUGUAUGGGAGGCUGGGGAGUUAGAGUGAAGACUUAAAAGACAAAGGAACUCCCCCUCAAUCUAAUAGUGCUUAGGAGACAAAGUUCUCCACAUUCUUACCAACACAUCUCUUUUUUAUUAUAGCCAUUUUGGUGAGCGUAGUUAUACCAUUUGGUUUUAAUUUUCAUAUUACUAAUAAUGUUAAGCGUUUUUUCAUGUGCUUGUUAGCCAUUCACCUAUCUUUUUGGAUAAAAUGCUGAUUUUAAUAUUUUCCUCAUUUUAAAAUUUGAAUUGUCAUCUUCUUAUUAAGUUGAAGUACUUCUUAUAUAUUCUGGAUCCAAUGUCUUUAUCAGAUAUAUGAUUUGCAAUUAUUUUCUCCCAGUCUGCUGCUUGUCUUUUUUCCUCCCCAAAAAAGUGUUUCAAAGUGCAAAAUUUUAAAUUUUGAUGAAACACAAUUUAUUUCUUUCAUGAAUCAUGCUUUUAAAGUUGUAUCUCAGAACUCUCCUCAACCUAAGUCAUAAAGAUUUUUUGCUAUAUUUUCUCCUAGAAAUUUUACAGUUUUAGCUCUCACAUUUAGGUCUGUGAUCCAUUUCAGGUUAGUUUUUGUUUGUUUUGAGAUGUGUAAAGGUUAAUUUUUGUGUUUAGUGUGAGGUGGCUAAGUUAACUUUAUUUUGCAUGUGGCUAUUCAAUUGUUUCAGCACAAUUUGUUCAAAAGACUAUCUUUCCCCCAAUGAAUUACCUUAGUAAUUCUGAUUAAAAGCCAAUUUACCAUAAAUGUAAAAACUUAUUUGUGAACUCUCAGUUCUGCUUCAUUUAUUUAUAUGACCACGCAGUCUUUUUUUGGUAUAAAUUUAAGGUGUACAAGUGCAGUUUUGUUACAUGCAUAUAUUGCAUAGUGGUGAAGUAUGGGCUUUUAGUGUAAUCAUUACUCAAAUAGUGCACAUUGUACCCAUUAAGUAAAUUCUUAUGCCUCGCUCCUCUUCCACCCUCCCACCCUUCCAGGUCUCCAGUGAGAUUCCACAUUCUUUGUUCCUGUGUAUGCGUUAUUUAGUUCCCAGUUAUGAGAACAUAUGGCAUUUCACUUUCUGUUUCUGAAUUGUUUCACGUAAGGGCCUCCAGUUCUAUUUAUGUUGCUGCAAAACACAUGAUUUUAUUCCUUUUUUAUGGCUGAAUAGUAUUCCAUUGUACAUAUAUAUUCAUUUUCUUCUCCAUUUUCUUUAUCCAACCAUAGACUGAUGGAAACUUAUAUUGAUUUCACGGCUCUGCUAUUGGACCACACAGUCUUGAUCAUUGUAUCUUUAUGGAAGGUUCUUGACAUUGAAUAGGGCAUUUUGUUCUUCGUUAUACUUUUUUUUGACUCCUUGAGAUCCUUUACAUUUCCAUAUACAUUUUAGAAUCAGCCUGUAAGUUUCCACCAAAAAAGCCUACAAGGGUUUUGAUAGGUAUAGUGUUGACUUUAUAGAUCAAUAUGAAGAGAAUUGCAAUUUUGACAAUAUUGAGUCUUCGAAUCCAUGAACAAAGAAUCUCUCUCAAUUUAUUUAGACCUUUAAUUUCUAUCAGCAAUGUUUUGUAGUGUUCGGUAUACUAUACUUGCACUUUUAAAAUUUAUUCCUAAGUAUCUUUUCUUUUUGAUGCAGUUGUAAAUGAAAUUGUUUUCUUAAUUUUAUUUUUAGAUCAUUUGCUGCCAGCAUACAGAAAUACAACUGGUUUUUGUAUGUUGACCUUGUGUUUGGUGACUUUUCAAAACUAAUUUAUUAGUUCCAGUAAACAGAGAGAGAGAGAGAGAGAGACAGGAGAGAGAGAAUGAAUGAAUGAAUGAAUGUGUAUGUGUUCUUUAGCAUUUUUUACAUGCAGGAUUAGGUCCUCUGUGAAUCAAGGCAGUAUUAACUAUGUUUCCAGUCUUGACACCUUUAGCUUCUCUUUCUUGCUUCGUUGCACUGGCUAAACACCCUCUGUGUUGACUAGAAGUGGUAAAAACAACAUCCUUGCCUUGUUCCAGAUCUUAGGAAGAAAGUGUUCAUUCUUUUACCAUUAAAUAUUAUCUUUGGCUCUUUAUAGAUGUCCUUUGUUAAAUUGAGGAUGUUCUUUUCUAUUUCUACUUUGUUUAGAGUUUUUUCAUAAACAGGCGUUGAUGUUUUUCAAAUGCUUUCUUCAUAUCUAUUGGCAUGAUUGUAUGAUUUUUUGUCUUUCAUUCUAUUAAUAUUAUUGAACAACCAUACUGAACAAUUUUUGAAUGUUAAAAAACUAUAUUUCUGAGGAUAAAGCCCACUUGUUUGUUGUAUGUAAUUUUUAAAUUUCAUGUUGCUGAAUUUGGUUUACUAAUAUUUUGUUUAGGAUUUUUGCAUCUAUAUUCAUGAAGGAUAUUGGCCUGUACUUUUCUUGUGCUACCUUUAUCUGGCUUUGAUAUGGCAAUACGAGUAUCAUAGAAUGAUUUGGGAAGUGUUCCCUCCCCUAUUUUCUGAAAGAGUUUCUGAAUAAUUGGUGUUAUUACUUAAGUAUUUGAUAAAUUCCAGCAAAUGAAGCCAUCUGGACACGGCUUUUCUUGGGGGAAAGAUUUUUUAAUUACUAAUUUUGUUACUUAUUAUAGAUAUAUUGAUUUGUGCUCUAAUCUUUACUUGCUUUGAAUUUUGUUUGCUGUCCCCCACCCCCAGUUUCUUAAGGAGGAAGUUUAAAUUAUUCACUUGAGACUUUUUGUUCUUUCCUUUCUCUCUUUCUUUCUCUUCUGAUGUAGGAAUUUGCAUUAGUCAGGGUAAUCCAGAGAAACAGCAUCAAUAGGAUCUUUCUCUCUCUCUGUGUUGAUUUAUUAUAAGGAAUUGGCUUGGCUCACAUGAUUAUGGAAGCUGUCAAAUUCUAAGAUCUACAGGGUGAGUCAGCAAGCUGGAGACCUAGGAGAGAUGAUGGUAUAGUUCCUGUCUAAA